AUGAAUUUAGAAUUUUUGAAAGGGCAAAAUAAGUGUGCAGGGGGCUCAUCAACACCCCAAAUAUCAAAUUCACCCAGAAAUUCUCUCCCAGGAAAAAUUCUUCCUAUAUCUAUGUCCUUAAAAAAGUGUUCAACCAUCUCCUCUUGGGACCGCAUUUUUAACCCAUCUUUCCAAAUUCAGUCAUUCUCCAAAUCCUGUUCUUUUCUAACAUCCCUUUCCUUUUCAAUCCUUCCUGCCAUGUGUGAUUGGUUCAGAAUUCCAACUUCCCUAUGGAAAGAUGACACCCAGGACUUCUUACUUUUAUCUUUCUUUCAUGGUUUUCUGAUAGUAUGGCAUUCAUUUCAUUCUCCCUUAAAGUGA